UUUCUGUUUUAACAUGUCUGACUCGAGUAAAAUGGCAGCUGAAUCCAGUGUUUCUUUCGCUCAGGAUCAGUUCAACUGUUCAAUAUGUCUGGAUCUACUGAAGGAUCCAGUGGCCAUUCCCUGUGGACACAGUUACUGUAUGAGCUGUAUUUCAGACUAUUGGGAUCAGGAUGAGUGGAGAGGAGUCUACAGCUGCCCUCAGUGCAGACAGACCUUCACUCCAAGACCUGCUUUAGGGAAAAACACCAUGCUGACUGAAGUGGUGGAAAAUAUCAGGAAGAGAAAACUACAAGCUGGAGAUGUGGAGUGUGAUGUCUGUAUCGGGAAAGCUGUUAAGUCUUGUCUGGUGUGUCUGGAAUCUUACUGUCAGACUCACUUUGAACAACACGAGGAAUUUCACUCUAGAAAGCGUCACAAAGUGACUGAUGCCAAUGGACGGCUGCAGGAGAUGAUCUGCCCUCAACAUGACAGACUGCUAGAAAUGUACUGCAGAACUGACCAGCGCUGUAUUUGCAUGCUGUGCUUGAUGAAUGAACACAAAACCCAUGAAACUGUGUUACCAGCUGAAGAGAGAGCAGAGAAACAGAAACAUUUUAACGAGAAACUCCAGCAGAGAAUACAGGAGAAACAAAAACAAUGUGAGGAGCUGAGAGCGGCUGUAGAGUCUCACAAGCGCUCUGUACAGGCAGCAGUGGAGGACACUGAGAGGAUCUUUACUGAGCACAUACGCUCCAUCGAGAGAAGCCGCUCUAAGGUGACACAGCUGAUCAGAGAUCAGGGAAAGGCUUCAGUAAGUGGAGCUGAAGGACGACUGGAGCAACUGGAGCAGGAGAUUGAUGAUCUGAGGAGGAGAAACACUGAGCUGGAGCAGCUUUCAUGCACAGACAAUGACAUCCAUUUCCUCCAGAGUUUCCAGUCGCUCUCUGUUCCUCCUGCAUCUACAGACUCAUCCAGCAUCAGUUCUCGUCCCUCUUUUAAUAAAUUUAAAAUGUUUGUUUCUCGGGUGAAAGAAGAACUGCAGAACUCUUUGAAGGACGAGAAAGAAAACAUAUCGCGCAUAGUGAGAAACAUCAGUGUGAUUCCCACCCCUGAAUACGAGAGAAGGAAAAAGUUUCUACAGUAUUACCAGCAGCUGACACUGGACUCAAACACAGCCUAUAAAUCCCUGAAGCUGUCUGAGGGGAACAGAGUGGUGACUAGAAUGAAGAAAACUUCUAAUCAUCCAGACAGAUUUGAUGGUUUUGCUCAGCUGCUGUGUAAAGAGAGUGCGCGUGGACGCUGUUACUGGGAGGUGGAACGGAGUGGCAAAGGAAUGUACGUAUCAGUAUCUUAUAAGAGCAUCAGAAGGAAAGGACAGGGAAAUGAGUGCAAGUUUGGAUGUAAUGAUCAGUCCUGGAGUUUGUACUGCUCUGACACCAAAUGUUCAUUCAGGCACAAUAAUGAAGAGUCUAAACUGCCAGUAGUGUCCAGCUCAUCUAGAAUAGGAGUGUAUGUGGAUCACAGUGCAGGAACUCUGUCCUUUUACAGAGUCUCUGACACAAUGAGCCUCAUUCACAGAGUCCACACCACAUUCACUCAGCCGCUCUACCCUGGGUUUGGCGUUUCCAACGAGUCACAAGUAAAAUUGUGUGAUCAAGCAUGACAGACUUUUUACAAAUUCUGUGCUUUUCCGUUAGAGCAGGUUGAUUACAGUUUUUUUCGAAUGCUUUGACCUGGAUAAAGAAACUAAGCAGAGCAGAAGACACUUCUUGCAAAUGUGUAAACCCUUUCUCAUUGAAUUGGCUCAUUUCUCCAUCCUUUUGCAAAGCAGUUAACACAGAUGUCAUUCAAGCAGUCCAAACUUCGUUUUUUUAGCUCUGAUAAACAAAUACAAACCAUCUAAUUAUUAUAUAAAAAUAAGGUUCUUUUUGACUGGGAUAAUUUCCCUUCUUCCUUUAGAUUAAUUAAGACAUUUAGUAUUUUCAAGACUAGUUUAUUUUCUUGAAAAUGUUACCAUUUUUGGUUUCAAUUUAAAUGUUAUUGAUUAUUUGUAUAUGAAAUUGUUUGUACUUUUUGGGUAUAUGUUUUUGUUUGCUUACAGUUUUUCUUAGUUGUUUACACACAAUUUCUUGUACUACAGACACAAUUUAUACAACAUGUAACUGAUGCACCAAUUCUGCUAAACUACAAGCACAAUUCUUGGUUUACACUCAAAUUGCAGG